CUCCCCUCUCUGAUCAGAAUUUGCAAACGUUCAUCUGCACCAGUGUUCAUACGACUAUGUGGUUCACUAUGAGGGAACUUGGCGUAAUUUUGUUCAUUUUUGCUCUAAGCUACAACAUUCAGGGCCAAACAAUUAAUUCAGAUAUCUGCAAUCUACCACUGGAUAAGGGGACGGAAUCGGGAUCUGAAUCUGAAGCUACAACUUUAAUGCAUUACGAUGCACAAAAAGACGCCUGUUAUCCGUUCCGAUACACUGGGAAAGGUGGAAAUGCAAACCGUUUCCUAAUAGAGAGACAAUGCAUGAGAAACUGUUCAAAGAGGGGCGAAAAGCUGUUUCCUACGGACGAAAGACAAGGUUGCUAUCUUCCAAAACUGGUAGGGUCAUGUGCCAGUAACUAUCGACGUUAUUACUACAGUCCUGAGGAUAAGGAAUGCAAGUCUUUCCUCUGGAGCGGCUGUGAGGGCAAUGGAAACCGAUUCCUCUCGAUGAGUUGGUGCAAUGCCACAUGUCACAAUGCAGAUGAGAAUUCAGGUGACUCAGGUGUACCAGUUGGAAUUAUCGUGGGAGUUGUGUUCGGUCUUAUUGGUGCUGUUAUCAUCAUUGUGGUGAUUGUUAUUGCUGUCAAGAAGAAGAAGCCUAGCUCGAAGAAACGUGGGAAGAAAGAAAAGGGAAAGGGAAAGGGAAAGGAAAAGUCUGCAGAGCAACCGCUGAAGGAGCUGGCCAUUGAGAUGGGAGGAGGAGAAGCACAGCCUGCCGCUCGUGAAGCCUCUUAAACUUAAAAUUGAAAUUUUACUUAAACUUAAAAUUUUAAACAACAAAUGUACAUUGAAACUUUUGGCUAAUCAUUGUUUACAGUUUUUUUUAAAGAUGUGCAGGUAAAUAUGCUUGGUAUGUUAUAUUUCUGUUGCUUAUUUACUUGUACUUUGUACUGUAUUUGGAAGUCAAUUACUCGUUUGUUUUAUAUGUCCGCUAAACUGGUCAUAUAGCAAUAAACAUUUAAAG